AUGGAACGGGCCGAGCCGCACCCAAAUGGGGAUUUUGAAACCGACUUUACAGACAAACCAUAUGAGCCUCUUCUUGGGAUUCGUAACAACGACGCAAUAAAUCGAAAGCAAUUAACUGCUGACCGUGUAGGGAGCACUUCCUUCAGUGCUACCCUUAGCCGUGUGCACUAUGGCACUUAUGCGGGGACUCCAGCCUGCUUGAUCGCCAUAGACUUCUCCUUUCGAUUCAAAGCAAAAGCCAUCGGGCGCUAUGAAGAGGCCACAAUUCUGGUGUCCUUCACAAGAGCAACUGAUACGGGAAACCCCCGUGUCAAAUCGUCAGACCCCUCGACCGACCCUCAAAUAUUGAAUUUUGCCCCAAAGCAAGUGUACGGAGCUGUUAAGACCGUGGAGGAGAAGAAGAAGUAUGAUAUAUCAAUUCCGCUGACAUUCGAGACUCCAAUUGGGCUAUCAGCCGGUCUAGAGCCUCAUGUGGGAAGGGAAUCUUUGACCGUUGUCGAACAUCGCAUGGCGCUGCAUGGCAAUUUAUUCUAUGAUGAUGAUCACGAUGAAGCCAACGUUGUAACUUGGGAUCUUUCAGAGAAUUCGGCGCAGAAGGAUGGGAUCUUCCGCCACUUCGCCGCCGCAGUUGUGGUUGCAAACCCACCCGAUACCCCGAUGUGGAUGAGAGUUGAAGUUAAGCCGUCUGUAAGGUUCUCGCUCGACCCGCGGUAUCUGCUCGACAAGAAUAGCGUCCUGGUCCGUCUUAUGUCGAAGAAUGACGAGCCGGUUCUGCUUGAUGGCAAAACACCGAAGAAGCCAGCGGAACAGCCUGAUUUGAGAUGUGAUGACUUCGCGUCGGAUGAGUUUCCAUGGCAAAAAGUGGUGCCAUCUGCCCUUGAGUAUGCUAACCACUUGACUCUGCGGUCGGCGAACGUGGCCAAUGGCCCUGGAGUAUUACCAACUGCGUGA